UGUUACUUUAAGCUGGGAGGACAAGCUGGGAAAAUCUUAUAUAGGAGUGAGCUUUCAGUAGACAAAACUAAAAAGAAGAAAAGAAGAGAACUGACUGAGGAACAGAAGCAAGAAAUUAAAGAUGCCUUUGAGUUGUUUGAUACAGACAAAGAUAGAGCAAUAAAUUAUCAUGAAUUAAAGGUGGCAAUGAGAGCCUUGGGUUUUGAUGUGAAAAAAGCUGAUGUACUGAAAAUACUUAAAGAUUAUGAUCGAGAAGCGACAGGCAAGAUCACCUUUGAAGAUUUUAAUGAAGUUGUGACAGACUGGAUAUUGGACAGAGACCCACAAGAAGAAAUACUCAAGGCAUUCAAAUUGUUUGAUGAUGAUGACUCUGGUAAAAUAAGUCUGAGAAAUCUGCGCCGGGUUGCUAGAGAAUUGGGUGAAAAUAUGUCUGAUGAAGAACUACGGGCUAUGAUUGAAGAAUUUGAUAAGGAUGGAGAUGGAGAAAUCAAUCAAGAGGAGUUCAUUGCUAUUAUGACUGGAGAUAUUUAGCAUGAGAAGAAAAGAAAUUAACUCAGCACAAAAGGGAGGAAUCAUUGGCAGCUUCCAUUACAAUGUUUUGUACUUCCAUUCAUUUCUGUAGCUGGAGUGAUGCAGAAAAUUACUUUCCUCACAGGACCAAAAUAAAGACAGGUUAUAUGCACUGAUAGUUCAGUACUUUGUAUCAUUAAAUAUUAUCACUAGAAUAAUUGAUAUAUCAUUUUAGAACAAGUAAGUAAUGCUGCAUUUCAGAAUGUUCAAGUACUCAUUUGUAAAAUAGCUUUGUAUAAGAUUUCUAAAUUGUAUCAUAUUAUAAGAACCUUUUGAGGUUGACUUUGUGUUAGCAUUAGCUGCGGCCUUAGUUUUGAUACAUAAGGUUUGACAAACUUCCAUUUUAAUAAAAUGUUCUUUACUAUUGCUA